CUGUUGCACGAAGGGCAAAUAGAACGUUGGAUAACUAUCCACUGGUUAAAUGAUUAAGCAGUGUUUCGCACUGGAAUGGCUUCGCGUUGCUAGGUAAAAUUCGUCAUUUUUGCAAUAAAAAUGGCGGCCGAAUUAGAGAUUACCGGCGAGUUAAAACGUAACAGAAAGGCUAAUUUUACCAGUUCCGAAUGUACUAUAAUUCUAGAGGAGGCGGAAAAACACCUCGACAUUAUAAAAAGCAAAUUUUCCACGGUUAUAACAAACAAAAAAAAGAAAGAAACGUGGAAAGACAUAACUUCCAAAGUAAAUGCUCUUGGUGUCAGCGAAAGGACACCAGAAGAAAUUAAAGACAAGUGGAGGGCCAUGGUCAGUACGGCCAAAAAGAAGCACAACAAGGUAGCAAAGACAAGAAAGGAAACGGGAGGAGGAAAAAAACCUGCUUCGCCGACGCCCACAACAAUAAAAAUUAUUGAUCUUUUCGGCGAAGACCCGUCGUUCUCUGGGAUUAGUGGAGGUCUUGAGUCAUCAUCUAGUUUUAGUACGCUAGAUCUGUCAGAUGUAGCAGGCAUAUGACGUCUGUGUCAACCAUGCCUGCAGA